AUGGUGCUGAGACUCUUUGUGCCGCCUGCCGAAGGGCAACAUCGCCUUACUCCCAAACGCCCUGAUCCCAUCGGUGCGAACGCUACACCUCAGUACGCCGUCAUCUCCUCGACCGUCCUUGCCGCCGCGUAUACGUCCUUCGCCUCGAGAUAUGCACAAAGUGUGACCCCUACGAGACCGAUAUCGCGGCCAGCGGUGUUUAUACGGGCUUCGGCAAGGCUGGGGGUUUGGGCGGGCGUGGCAGGUGCGGCGCUGAACUGGUAUUACUACUCCGCUUUUGCGGAUGUGUUGGUGUCGACGAAUAUACCGGAAGUCAAGCCCUGGAAGCUGUAUGAGCGGACGAAGAGGUAUACCAUUGACGAUGGUGCUUUGGCAGGCGCGGCAUUGGGGCUGGCUAUCUCGGUGCCUUCGCUGUUUAUGCGCCGGCCUGCUAUACCCAGGUGGACGCGCUGCUUAGGCAUGACGAAUAUCGGCGCUUGUGCUGGUGUCCUGGGAGCGCAUGCGUACUUUCAGUACAGCGGAGAGAGGCAGGAGGCAUACAAACACUUUGGUCGACAUGUCAAGCGACGAUCAUUCGAGUUCUGGAACAUCUUCUGGGAUCCGGAGCUCAUGGCGAGCCUCGACCCAAUCAUGCAGCAAUACGUCUCACACAACAGCCUCUGGUACACCCGGUGGCUGUCAGAUGAGGCCUUUGAGCGAGCAGAACAGGACGUGCAACUCGAAAACAGCAGCAGUGAGCCUAUGGCAGAUGCUGCAACACCUGUCGAGCAACAGCCACCGUUCUACACUACACCCUUCGACUAUGCCGAAGACCUGCGACGCAUCGAUAUUGAAAGCACGCUGGCUACUAUGGAAACCAUGGAAGCUGACAAGAGGGAACUACUCCGGGAGUCCGAGUACCUGCUUUACAUAAACGCACAGCAAAAAUACGACCACUGCCACAUGGAGUCUACGGACGAGGAUGAACGUCAAAACCUCCUCCGACAAAUCCAACUCGUCGACAUAGCAUACGUCAGUCUUCGCAACGCAGCCCACGACAUCGACGUCAAGCUCACACAAUGGCGCAUUAGCCUCCGACACAAAACAAUUUGGGAAGCAGGCCAAACCACCGCGACAGGGACGGAUAGGCUUGCCGACUGGGUACCCGAGCCGCCAUCCAUAUCACCCACGACCGAAGCCAUCGUCCCCGCCACACACAAACCGACAUACUCAAUGGGCGAGUUAGAAAGAAUACAUUUACAAAUUUCUGGAGAGGUCAAGACAUUUGAGGAUGGUUGGAAAGAUGAAAGACAACCGAGGGAUAAGAGGGAGAGGUGGAAGAAGGAUGCAGAGGAUGGGAGAAAGUUUUUGAGGGCGGCGGAUGUUGUAUUGUUAAGGUUACAGAAGGCGAGAGAAAGGGUUGACGACAGUGGUGUGGUCAUGGAAGCGGGGGCCGAUAGCGCGAUGGCGAUGAAAGACAAAGAGGAAGAGGAUAGACAUGGGAGGAGAGAUGGUACUGUUCCGGCAACAACGGCUGAAGUCGCGGAGUUACAAGAAGGUCCCUUGCUUACUAGAAAACAGGUUGAGAAGGCGAGUGCGCAUGGAGUACAAGGGACGAAAACGUCUGCUGGGGCUUUGGACAAGGAUAAGUCGUGA